AUGUUUUCCAAAUCAAUAGAGAGCUUGAGCCCAGAUGCACGUACACAGCGGUUAACGACGAAUCCUUCCCAAACAGCCACACUCAUCACCUCCAUACCAGCCACACCCACUGCCAUCACACCAGCCACUAUAAAUCAUUGGCCUACAGGUGACGAUGGCUACAGCCUCCAGAGGUUUCUUGCUGCCCGUCCAGAUGAGGAUGCAAACGUAAUUUUCGCAAGAAGAGCUGUUAGGGAGCGCUUCCCGGGAAAUACCCAAGCUCCUAUUAACGAGUCGACUCAGGAGAUCCCCUUGCAGCCAUACGCAUCAGCCACCUGGAUGCACGCAAAUUCCGUUGAUGUGCAGCCACAGCAUGCGCAAGCCCUCGAGACUUCUCGGUUCCAAGCUACCGGGGCAGGUAUCAGCCCUACGCACAUGAGGGAUCUCACUGCAGCCACACACACACCCCGCUUGGAACCAGAAAUACAAAGCUUGGGUUUCAGUAUGAGAAACUUCCUUGCAACCGAUCCAGUCGAUGAUGCCAAUGCCUCAUAUGGAAAGAUCGCCUUAAACGAAAACCCCGGAAAUUAUUGCCCACUCACGCAAAUUCUCGAAGACUUCGAAGACGUGAUGGGCUCUGAUGAAAAGGUGGGCUGUGAGAGGAUGAGUUGUGAGGAGGAGGAGGGUGGGUGUUAG